AUGAAUAUGAGUAACGCCAAGGGUUCAAACGCGCUUAUCCAGCAAUUGCUGAAAGCGGAGGAAGAGGCUGAAGCUAUCGUGAAACGUGCGAGAGAAAACCGUGUGAAGCUUCUCAACGAAGCUAUCUCGGCUGCCGAGAAUGACCUCAAGCUCUUUAGCGAGACUGAGGAAAAACGGUUACUAGAAGAAUACCAAAAGGAAUGUGAAAACGAUGAGCCUCAUGUUGAUGACCUUGAUAAAAAGGCUAAGGAACUUAUCAAGCAAUACGAUGAGAGGUUCAGGUUAUGCAAGGAUAAACUUGUAAACAAAUUGGUAGCGGCAACUAUUGACAUCGACGUCACAGUACCCGACUCAUUCCGAUACUACGUUAAGCAGAACUCGCGUUGA